GGCCUGGGGUUGAUUUGUAGAGUCUUGAAUCUUCUUUCUGUUAGUUUGAGGAGAUUUUUCUCCAGAGGUUCAGGUCAUUAUUUCACUGGUGUCCAGGCUGAAGAUUCUCAAAACGACCAACUCGCUUUCAGGAAUUUCAGAGAGGAAUACGACGGGAUAAAAAGAAGUAAUUAAUCUAGCUCAGAAUCAGGUGGUUUCUUGGUUUACAUGGAGCAUGGAGGCUGGUGGAUUAUGAAUUUUCCAGGACUGAGAUAAUGUGACGUAUCUCUUCAGUUUUGUUUUUUUCCCCCCCAAAGUAUGGCUUCGUCCCAACCAUACUGGGACCAGUAUGAUGAAAUGAACAGCAUGUACUUUUCUUUUGGUGCUGACUACACCGUGAAAACACAUCAGCAAGACUUGACCUCUGUGGGCUUCGAAAGGAAGAUGUUUGGCUCAAGUUUCUCCCACAACUCUAGCCACCACUGUCAGCCUUUAAAGCCUGUGGAUCCUGCACAGCUCCUCCUCUCCUCCCUGCACAGCUCGCCCGAAGGAGACCAGGUCGUUCCGUCCUUCCAGAAACUCUCCGUCUACGAACAAGCGCCCCCGUAUUCUCCCAGGAGAAGCUCUAAACCUCUUCCUCCUCUCCCGGACAUGGGGGAUUUGUCUUCUGAUGAAGCAGCAGACAGUGAAGUGGAGUUCUUCUCCAGCACCAGCGAGAGUCAGCUACUGAUACCGGAAUGUGCGCCUAAAACAUCAACCUUCCAAUACAGAGCACAGAACAGGCGGAGUUUCCGGGGUUGCGGGCAGAUCAACUAUGCAUACUGUGAUGCCAUGCAGGAGAAUCUGAUUGGACAAAAGUGUGAGAGGGAACAAGUGGUGCUUAGAGACAGGGACAGCCUCAAACAAGAAAAACCCCAACGCAGGCUGCGGCGCUCCAACUCGGGACCUGCGGCGUCUUUUAAACCUGCUAACCUCCGAAAUUUCCACACACAGGAAAAGCCAGAGGUUCCUCCUCGUGCUCCCAUUCCGUCACGUCCUCAAAAGAGUGCCGACCAUCAAGGCAUUGAGGAGCCUCCGGAAAUCCCACCCAGGAGGCCAAUCUACUACGUGGCCCCACGCACUCCUAGUCCUAAAAGCCUUCCCAUUUAUGUCAAUGGAGUGAUGCCUCCUACACAAAGCUUCGCCCCCAAUCCCAAGUAUGUGAGUAAAACCCAGGGCAAGGCAAAGUGUGAAGGAUUGCCUGCUUCACAUAUACCAUGUAUUCUGCCCAUCAUGGAAGACGGAAAGAAGGCCAGUGCUACACAUUACUUUCUUCUUCCGGAGCGGCCAGGAUACUUGGACAGAUUCGAAAGAUUUUUCAAGGAGUCUGAUUCCGAAGCUGUGCAAAGUGGAUGUAAAGUAUAAGCAGGGUUUUUAGGCUAACUACAAAUGUACUUACUUACAGUAUUCAGGUGCUUAACGAUUUCUUCAUCGCUACGCAGUGCCACCUCAACUUGAACCCAGAGUACUGAAAAGAGGCCAGGUCAUAAAUGCUGGACAUAGUGGAGCCAUUGUCUUUUCUUUUUUUUGUAGGAUCAUGCAGUGUCAUUAUGAUUUACAUGUUUUUGUAUUUCUCGUGCUUCGAGUAUUCCUUUUAAAAAACAUCUUGAGGUCUUUGUACUUUGAUGGUUUACAUGUAACACUGGUUAGUAUAAGCUGGUCUUAUACUGUAUGUUGGGGAAGGACCAGAUUCCACCACAUUCUGGUGAUUGUUUUUGUUUUUUUUAGUCAAAGACAUAAUUCAUCAGUCAAUAACUAGCUUCAAAUGAAAUGACCAAACUGCUUCAGCAGACCGGAUCAUAUCCCUGUCGUGUUAUGUCAUGAUUCAUGAGCUGAAAGUAUUUUAAGUGCCAUUUUUAUCAUUCUGCACUGCAUGUGCACAUCCCCAGCUGUAGUGUUGCUGAUUAAUCAUCUAGUAUUUGCACUCGUCACCUGAUUGCUGAUGUUUCUGUUCCACAUUUUAAAUUAUUCCAGGAAAAUCAAACCAUUUUAUUAACUAAAUGAUUCUUACUAAACAGAAUGCCUCUGAAAUAUUGAGCUACUUUUUGGAUGGAUGUCCUUUUUAACUAAAAGCAUAUUUAGUUGCUUGCUAUUACAGUUAGAAGUUCUAAUUAUGCUAAAAGAAACAAUUUAAAAAUAUCUGAAUCGUUAUUUAUCUGUUUUUGCAGCUAAGCAAUGAUGGUUAAACUGUUAAAGUGUGUCGGCUUUAACCUGCCAGUUUGAGCCGAAUGAGAAAAGGUCAAUGUUUCGUAUUACACUCACACGAACCUGUACUUUAACACGUACAUGUCGUCAUGUAUUUAUCCACCCAUCUACUGUUGCUGUUCUUCCUCGUUCUGUCUCAGAUGAUUAAGUCAGUCAUGUGCCACCACAUCUGUUUACAUGAUUUUUUUUUUAAUCUGUCUGUUUUUGCCGUGUUCCACGUAACAGAAGGUGAAAAUGUAUUUAUCCUCGGCUUAUUUAUUCACAUAUGAAGGCUCGUGAUCAUUAACUGUUGUUGCACUGCAUUGCACUUGUCUUUACGUGCAGUAUUUGUAGUUUUUCACAUUACACCUAUGAUCUAUUUAAAGAAAUAAAGUGACUUAUUUAUCAGUAAA